AUCAAAGCUUUACAAACUAAACUGAUCAAUCAACACCAUGAAAAGAGUUUCACAAACUCAUUUCUCUGUUAUUCUUCUUCUUCUUGUUUUUAUUUUUGUUUGGCUUCCAUUGAAGAUUACUUGCUCACCAAGAACACAAGCAGAGGCUCUCAUAACAUGGAAGAAAAGCUUAUCAAUGGAAUCAUCUUCUCUGGAUUCAUGGGACAGCAACAACAUCAUUAAUCUCUGCAACUGGACUAAUGUUGUCUGUGAUGUUUCCAAUGGAGAAAUCUCACAAAUAGACCUCUCCAACUUGGAGCUCAAUGGAAAAUUGGACAAGUUCAACUUCACUCCAUUUCUUAACAUCACUGUCUUCAACCUCAACAAUUGCAAGCUCUCUGGUUCCAUACCACCAGCCAUUGGUAAUCUCACCAAGCUCACUUUGUUGGACUUGAGUGACAAUGAUAUUGAAGGUGAAAUCCCAUUGGAGAUAACCCAAUUGUCAGAGCUUCAAUAUCUAAGUUUGUUCAACAAUUUUCUUGAGGGGCCAAUACCUUAUCAGAUCAGUAAUCUCAAAAAGGUAUGGUACUUAUCACUUGGAGCAAACAAUUUGGUGAAUUCUGAUUGGUCUAAAUUUUCAACCAUGCCUUCAUUGACUUACCUUGAUUUAUUCUUGAAUUUUUUCAAUUCAACAUUCCCUGAUUUCAUAUCAAAGUGUAAGAACUUAACUUUCUUAGACAUGUCUCAAAACAGUUGGACUGGUUCAAUUCCUGAAUCUGUGUUUUCCAAUCUUGUCAAACUCCAAUCUUUCAAUCUCACCAAUAUUGGAUUCAAGGGUCAUUUGUCAGCCAACAUUUCAAAUCUUUCUCAGCUCACACACCUUCAUUUUCCAAAUAACUUUCUCAGUGGGGAAAUUCCUCAAGGAAUUGGUUUGUUGCAUAAUCUUGAGGUUCUUGAAUUGUAUAACAAUACCUUUAGUGGGAGUAUUCCUUCUUCUAUUGGUCAACUCAAGAAUCUUUUGACUCUUGAUCUUAGGACGAAUUUCUUAAACUCAACGAUUCCUUCUCAGCUUGGUUCUUGCACUAAGCUCAGUUACUUGGCUUUGGGUGCAAAUAAUCUCAGAGGGGAAAUUCCUUUGUCAUUAUCCAAUCUGAAUAGUCUCACAGAAAUUGGUAUAUCAGAUAACAAACUUUCUGGUCCUCUCUCCUCUGAAUUGAUCUCUAAUUGGACUUCUCUCACCUUAUUACAACUUCAAAACAACACACUUAGUGGGAAAAUUCCAAAAGAAAUUGGCUUAUUGAAAAACAUCACCUUCAUUUUCCUGUACCAGAAUAAUUUCACUGGUUCAAUUCCUUCUGAGAUUGUUAACUUGGAGCAACUUGGAAGCUUGGAUCUUUCUGGUAACCAUCUCACAGGUCCAAUUCCAAAGUCUCUAUGGAACCUCAAAAGCCUCUUCGCAAUCCAACUUUUCUACAACAAUCUGAAUGGAACAAUCCCACCAGAGAUUGGAAAUCUAGAACUCCUCCAAACUUUUGAUGUCAACACCAACCAACUUUCAGGAGAGUUACCAGUUACCAUUUCCAGCCUCAGAAACUUGGAGGGCUUCUCUGUUUUCACCAAUAACUUCGAAGGAACAAUCCCAAAAGACUUUGGCAAGUUCAGUCCUAAUUUGAAUGUCAUUAGCUUUUCAAACAAUAGCUUCAAUGGAGAAUUGCCACUCCAUUUGUGCAGCGGUUUAAAGCUCGAAACUUUAACUGUAAACAACAACAAUUUCACCGGAUCAUUGCCAGAAUGCCUGAGAAAAUGCACCAACUUAACCAGAGUUAGACUUGACCAGAACAAUUUCACAGCAAACAUCACCAAUGCCUUUGGUUCUCACCCCAAACUUGAAUCAAUCUUUUUUGAUGAUAACCAAUUCAUUGGUCAAAUUUCAAGCACAUGGGAAAAAUGCAAGAAUCUCACCAGAUUGCAGAUGGGUCGAAACAAAAUCUCUGGUAAAAUCCCACCUGAGCUUGGAAACAUGAAAAAGUUGCAAUAUUUGAGCUUGGAAUCAAAUAACUUGAGUGGAGAAAUUCCUGCUGAACUGGGGAAUCUAAGGCAACUAUACUUUCUCAAUCUCAGUAACAAUAAUUUGAUUGGGAAAAUACCUCAAAGUCUAGGCAAUAUAGCUGGUAUUCUAGAAACUCUUGAUUUAUCACGAAACAAUUUAAGUGGAAAUAUACCAGAAUGGCUCAGUAGUUGCAGAAGUUUGUACACCUUGAAUCUUAGCCACAAUAUACUCACAGGUAAGAUACCAGAGCUUGGAAAUUUGGUGUCUUUGCGUUAUGCAUUGGAUCUCAGCUGCAAUUCACUAUUUGGAGAGAUACCCUCAAGCCUCUCUAAGCUUAUAAUGCUGGAAAUUCUCAACAUCUCUCAUAACCACCUCUCUGGUAGUAUUCCACAAUCAUUUUCCAACCUAAUAAGUUUAAGUUACAUCGAUUUUUCUUACAACAACUUGAUAGGUCCGAUCCCAACUGGAGCCAUUUUCCUGAAUGCACCAGGAAGUGCCUUUGAUGGAAACCUUGGAUUGUGUGGAAAUCGUAAAGGAAUCAAGCCCUGCAAAAGACAUGAUAACAGUAGAAGUAAGAAUGUUGUAAUAUUAAUUAUUACUCUUGUUUGUGGGCUAGUAGUGUUGGUUACUGUCAUUGUAAUCACUAUCAUAUUGUGCCAUAAAAAAGGUUCCAGCCAAAAUGACACUCAUCAGUCAUUGAUAUGGGGGGAGGCAAAAUUCACAUUUGGAGAAAUUGUAGAGGCAACUGAAGAUUUUGAUGACAAGUACUGCAUUGGAAAAGGAGGCUUUGGCACUGUUUACAAGGCUAUAUUAAGAUCGCAAGAGCUAGUUCUUGCGGUUAAGCGGUUGCACAUGUCAGAUUCAAGUGAUAUUCCAGAAGUUAGUCGCAUAAGUUUCCAGAAUGAGAUUCGAACUCUGACUAAAGUCCGACACAGAAACAUCGUAAAACUUUAUGGGGUUUGUACAAAAAAGAGUCAAUUGUAUUUGGUGUAUAAAUAUGCAAACAGAGGCAGUCUUUCUAAAGUAUUAUAUGACUCAACCGAUCUUGAUUGGGAUUCAAGGGUGAAGAUAGUUCAAGGAUUGGCCCAUGCAAUUUCAUACUUGCACCACGACUGUUCUCCACCAAUCAUUCAUCGCGAUGUGUCAAUAAACAAUGUACUACUCGGAUCCAAUUUCGUUCCAAUGUUGUCAGAUUUUGGCACUGCUCGAUUGUUGAUCCCUAAUUUGUCUAUCUGGACAAAUGUAGUUGGGUCUUAUGGCUACAUGGCCCCAGAACUGGCUUUAACCAUGCGUGUGACAGAAAAGUGCGAUGUGUACAGUUUUGGAGUGGUAGCUUUGGAAAUUAUGAUAGGAAAACACCCAGGAGAAUUGUUGGAAUAUUUAUCAUCAUUAUCUCGGUCGAAAACAUUAUCAGAGAAUAUGUUGCUAAAAGAUGUGUUAGAUCGAAGGUUGUUACCUCCAACUGGAAGAUUAUCAAUGGUUGUGGCAUUAGUUGUGAGCUUGGCCUUAUCAUGUACUAGAAGUGAACCAGAGUCACGACCCACCAUGCAUUUGGUUUCCCAGGAAUUGUCAACAAAGAUUACUCAAGCUUCUAUGAUUCGUGAGCCAUUGAGAACCAUUACAAUUGAGAAGCUUGUUGCACAUCAAUAUCAGUAA